UGCAUGCAUCUUUCAUCCUCACACCAUCUCAACUUUCAUUCAUGGCUCCAUCCAUCUUUCACAUCCUCUUGUUGAUCCUGUUCCACUUACUUCUAGCAACCGCCCCCACGUCUUCUGCUCGAACUCCAACUCGAAGAAAACAAACCGGCUUUCGAGCCCCUCUAACUCGUGUUAAAAACCCACUGGAAGCUUCACUUGUAACAUCUCGAAUGACAGCUUCCAAAGAUGAGUACUUACUGAGCCUAGCCGUCGGGACUCCACCUAAGCCAUUUUCGGCCAUCAUGGAUACCGGAAGCGACCUCAUAUGGACAAAAUGCAAAAGCAGUCAUGAUCCAGGCUCGUUUGACCCUAGCAAGUCCAUAUCUUUCGUUGAAAUUAACGAAACUUGCGAGAUGUUAGGGCUUAGUGCCGAUUGCAUACAGAAAUACGCAGAUGGUCAUUCGGUAAGUGUAACUUUGGCGGCGGAUGCCUUAACCGUACCUGGGACCGGCCAGAAUAUGCAUGGUGGUAUAUUUGGCUGUGGGAUACCAGACGAUGAAAAUUUUAUGUAUGAUGGAGUCGUGGGAAUGGGGCGUGGGGUUUUGUCGUUGGUUACGCUGUCAAACCAGACCAUCUUCUCAUAUUGUCUGGGCUCUAGAUUUGACACAGAAACAAGCAGCGUUUUGCUAACCGGGUCUGAAGCAAGUAAUUAUUAUGAUUCUGAUGUCCAAACUACGCCUUUGGUGACCGACGCGUCAAAUUACAUCAUCACUCUUGAAGGUAUCUCAGUAGGCGAAACGAAACUUGCAGUCACAAAAAAUGAUUUCGUCACCAGUGAUGGAGGGAUGGUAGUCGACUCAGGUACGACCUUCAUGUACUUAGACGCACGUAUCAUUGAAAUGAUUAGCAAUGAGUUCGUUAAUCAAACAAAGCUGGAAAAGUAUACGGGUUCUGAUAAGCCAUAUUACACUGGGCUUGAACACUGCUUCAACGCUCCAGGCAACGUUCAAAUCCCGAACCUGGUUUUUCAUUUUGAGGGUGCAGAUUGGGAGUUGCCAAAAGAGAACUACAUCUAUCAACAGCACGGUAAUGACAUGGCGUGUUUGGCCUUCGUAGCCGACGAUAAACAGUUUAUUUUUGGAAACAUGCAACAACAGAACAUGAUGGUCAUUUACGAUCUUUACAACAAUAAUCUGUCGUUUAAGCCUGCAAACUGCAAGCUAUUGUGAGCGACUGAGCGCUGUUGCGCGCAUAUUAGCUUUAACUUUUCCCGUGAACAAAGUAAAAAUUAAAAAUUAUAUUGUAUUUUCUUGUGAUU